GGGGAGCGCGGAGCUCCUGGCCGAGCCCCCUUGAGGCGGAGCGGGCGGGGGCGGCCCUGAGCGCGCGGCCUGACGCUGCUGGGGCCUCCCCGAGCCGACCCCGGGGCGCAGAGCGGCCAGUGGCGGGACUCGGGAGCGGCGCUGUGGGGCCGGCUGGGUGAAAGGGGCGGGAGACGCGCUGGGGCGCGAGAUGGAGGCAGGAGACCAGGAGGUGAGCAGCAUGAAACUGCAGACAUUGUCGUUACUGCCUGAGGAGCAGAUAGUGACACUUCGUCAACAGAUGGUGGAAAGCCAGGCAUCCUAUCAAGGCAAGCUGCAGAGCUCCCAAGAGGCACAGCAUAGGCAGGCAGUGCUUGUGCAGAAGCUACAAGCAAAGGUGCUGCAGUACCGGAGUUGGUGUCGGGAGCUGCAACAGAGACUGGAAACGGAAAGGGGGGGGCCCAUUUCACACAAGUGGGAAGCCAAGGAGGAGCACAGCCUGGAGAGGGCUCUGGUCCAGCUGGAGGAGGAGCAGCAGAGAUGUGAGAAUCUAGCUGAAGUGAACACUCUGCUCCGGGAGCACCUGGGCAAGGCAAAUGAGGUGAAUACAGCCCUUAGAGAGGAUGUGCGGAAACUGACAGUUGAUUGGACAAGGGCCCGGGACGAACUGGAGCUCAAGGAGAGCGAAUGGCGCACUGAACGUGAGUUCUUUGAGGGGUACUUGAAGUGUGAACAUGAUCGACUUCUCAGCCUGUGGCGGCAGGUGGUGACCUUCCGCCGUCACUUCCUGGAGAUGAAGACUGCAACUGACAGGGACUUGUCAGCACUGAAGGCAGACCAGAUAAGACUUUCUGGAUCAAUACUUGUCAGCUGCUUCCAUCUAAGUUCUGGUACGUGGCACUGGGAGUCAAACACUUUGGAAAGAUCUGCCCCGAGGAAUCAGACACAGCAACUUUGUGCCAGGGCUCAGGAGCUGGAAAAGGAAGUAUACCAGAAAACCCAAGAAGUGAUGUGCUUGCAGGUCAAAGGGGAUAUGGAGAAAGAGGAGCUUCAGGGCAGGGUGAUGGAGCUCUCAGCCUUGCUGGCACAGUCCCAGAAGCAGAAUGAGGAGAAAGAAAAGACCGUGAAGACGCUUAGUGACACGAUGGAGAUUCUGGAGGCCAGUCGGUUGGCAGUAGAAUAUAAAGCUUCACUGACCAAGAAUGCCAAAGAAGAGACCCUUUCCCUUCAUCAGGUGCUAAAAGACAUAACUCAGGCAGUGCUAGACGAUACUGACAACGCAGUCAGCAUCUCAUGGGUUGAGAGCUCCCAGCAUCCUGAAUCCAGCAACCUCUCCUCCCUGCUGAGUUCCAGUGACAUGGAAAGGGCCCUCGUUCUGGUGCAUGAAACAUUGUCAAGGAGGUGCCAGGCAGUACAGGACCUAAGGGAGCAGCUUUCAGCCAGCCAGGACUCUGUCCAUUCUCUGCAACAUCAGCAAAGGCAGCAGGAAGAAGAAUGUAAGAUGCUGAGGCAGAGGCUCCAGCAGCUGGAAGAGAACUGCAAGACACUCACCAGCCAGACACAGCACCUCCAGUCCCUGGUGGAAACUCUCAGCAGUGACCGUGUGAACCUGGAGAAGGCCAGGGAAGAGCUGCAGCAGCAACUGGAGGUGUCUGAGCAGGAGGCCUGGCGAUUGCGCCGAAGCAACACUGAGCUACAACUGAAGGAAGAUUUGGCUCAAGGGGAGAAGGAGGAGCAACAGCUGGAAAUAGAGAGGAUCCUUCGGGAGAGGGAGCGCCUUCAGAAGGCUUUAGCUGCACUUGAAGCAAAGCAUUCAUUAUUAAAGAGCGAGUUGGUUGCCAGGAGGGAGGCGCUGGAGAAAUCUCACCUUGAUGGGGAGUUGAUGAAGCAAGAGAAACAUGAGCUUGCCAUGGCACUGGAGAGGGCAGAACAGUCAAUUGCUGAGUUGAUGGGGGUUCAGAAUAAACUGAAGGCAGAAACCGCUGAUCUGCAUGAUGUGGCUGAGAAGAUGAGUGGCAUUAAUGAGGCUCUAGCUUUGGAUAAAAUGCAGUUGAAUCAGCUUGUCCUGCAGUUGGAGCAGGAGAAUCAGGCUUUGUCAAACAAAGUGAAGGACAUGCAGAAAGCAACAACCUCUGUGCAGGAGGAGCUGAGCCUGUCCGAAAGAGCAAAUGAGGCGCUCUGUGCAGAGAAAACCCAUCUGGAGCAGUUGCUGCAGAAGGCUAAGGAGGUACAGGAGGGACUGCAAGCAGAGUUGGAUGUGCUGAGAGAUGAGACAAAAGAGACCCAUGAGGUGAUGAGUCAGAUGUGUCGCCAGGAGGAGUCAUCCAGCACUGACUUGGAGAAAACACGUCUGGAGUCAAGUCGCCGUGGAGAUGCAUUGGCUAAAGUAUCCAGAGAAAAGGAAGCCCUGGUGCGUGAGAAGGCAACACUGGAGGUGCGACUAGGAGCUGUGGAGCGGGACAGACGUGGCCUUUCAGAGCAGCUGGCAGAGCUCAGAUCAGCAAAAGAGAUCUUAGAAUCCAGCCUGUUCGAAGUUCAGCAGCAGGUGUCUCAGUUGGAAGUCACUAGGGGUCAGUUGGAAAUCAAGGUUCAAACAGUCACCCAGGCCAAAGAGGUGAUACAAGGAGAAGUGAAGUGCCUUCGUUGUGAGCUGGAAACAGAGAGAUCCUCAAUGGAGCGGGAGCGGGAGGAUAUGGCACAGCAACUGUCACGGACAGAGCAGCAACAUCAAGAUACCCUUAGCCUUCGUCAAGCUGCGUACGAGGAGGAAAUGAACAAGCUCCUGCAAGAGCUGAAGAGUGAGCAGGAAUGGCACCGUGCAGAGCUGAAAGAGAUGUGGGAGCUCUCAGCCCAAGAGAAAGUAGAGGCAGAAGGUGCUUAUGAGAAGAAGCUGUUGGAGCUGAAGCAGGAGGCUGCUACUAUGCAAUCUCAGAGAGAAGAGGAGCGAGCUAGGGCUGAAAAUGCCAGGCAAGAGGUGCUGCUAGAGAAAGAGAGGGAGAAGAAGUCUUUGCUGGAGGCACUGCUCCAAACACAGGAAGAGUUGACAGAUGCCUGUCAGCAGCUGGAGCAGCUUCGCCAAGAGGUGAAGAAGCAACAGAAGGAGCAGGACACCGUGGAGGGGCUGCAAGCUGAGCUCCAGGAAGCUCAGAAUCAGAUGGAGGCAGUGGAGAGCAGGCACCUGGAAGAGGUCAAAACCCUCAAACAGGAAAUAGACAUUCUCCUUCUGCAGCGAGACACCCUGCGAAACCAGGUGCAAGAGCUAGUGGUCACAAAGGAUUCCUGGCAACAGAUUGGCCUGGAGGCUCAGCGGCAAUUGAACGAGGUGCAAAAAUUAUCCAACCAGAAGAUACUGGAGGCUGCUCAUAUCCAGAAGAUGUUAGAGGGGGAGAGGAGCCAAUGGGAGGAGGCGGAGCGUCAGAACACAGAGCUCCAGGCCACAGUCGGAGCCCUGGAGGGGGAGAGGAGCCGAUGGGAGGAGGCGGAGCGUCAGAACACAGAGCUCCAGGCCACAGUCGGAGCCCUGGAGGGGGAGAGGAGCCGACGGGAGGAGGCGGAGCGUCAGAACACAGAGCUCCAGGCCACAAUCAGAGCCCUAGAUGGGGAGAGAAGCCGAUGGGAGGAGGUGGAGCGUCAGAACACAGAGCUCCAGGCCACAGUCGGAGCCCUGGAGGGGGAGAGGAGCCGAUGGGAGGAGGCGGAGCGUCAGAACACAGAGCUCCAGGCCACAGUCGGAGACCUGGAGGGGGAGAGGAGCCGACGAGAGGAAGUGGAGCAUCAGAACACAGAGCUCCAGGCCAGGCUCAGAGCCCUGGAGGGGGAGAGGAGCCGACAAGAGGAGGUGGAGCGUCAGAAUACAGAGCUCCAGGCCAGGCUCAGUGCUCUAGAGGGGGAGAGGAGCCGACGGGAGGAGGCGGAGCGUCAGAACGCAGAGCUCCAGGCCACACUCAGAGCCCUGGAGGGGGAGAGGAGCCGACGAGAGGAGGCAGAGCGUCAGAACGCAGAGCUCCAGGCCACACUCAGAGCCCUGGAGGGGGAGAGGAGCCGACGAGAGGAGGCGGAGCAUCAGAACACAGAGCUCCGGUCCAUGCUUGGAGCCCUGGAGGGGGAGAGGAGCAAACGGGAGGAGGUGGAGCGUCAGAACACAGAGCUCCGGUCCAUGCUUGGAGCCCUGGAGAGGGAGAGGAGCCAAUGGGAGGAGGUGGAACGUCAGAACACAGAGCUCCGGACCACGGUCAGAGCCCUGGAGGGGGAGAGGAGCCAACGGGAGGAGGUGGAGCGUCAGAACACAGAGCUCCGUUCCAUGCUUGGAGCCCUGGAGGGGGAGAGGAGCCAACGGGAGGAGGCGGAGCGUCAGAACACAGAGCUCCAGGCCAGGCUCAGAGCCCUGGAGCAGGAGAGAAGCCGACGAGAGGAGGUGGAGCGUCAGAACACAGAGCUUCAUGCCAGGCUCAGUGCUCUGGAGGGGGAGAGGAGCCGACGGGAGGAGGCGGAGCGUCAGAACACAGUGCUCCAGGCCACGCUCAGAGCCCUGGAUGGGGACAGAAGCCGAUGGGAGGAGGUGGAGUGUCAGAACAGAGAGCUCCAGGCCACAGUCGGAGCCCUGGAGGGGGAGAGGAGCCGAUGGGAGGAGGCGGAGCAUCAGAACACAGAGCUCCAGGCCAUGCUCAGAGCCCUGGAGGGGGAGAGGAGCCAAUGGGAGGAGGUGGAACGUCAGAACACAGAGCUCCGGACCACGCUCAGAGCCCUGGAGGGGGAGAGGAGCCGACGGGAGGAGGCAGAGCGUCAGAACACAGAGCUCCGGUCCAUGCUUGGAGCCCUGGAGGGGGAGAGGAGCCAAUGGGAGGAGGUGAAAUGUCAGAAUACAAAGCUCCAGGCCACGGUCAGAGCCCAGGAUGGGGAGAGGAGCCAACGGGAGGAGGUGGAGCGUCAGAAUACAGAGCUCCGGGCCACGGUCGGAGCCCUGGAGGGGAAGAGGAGCCAAUGGGAGGAGGCGGAGCGUCAGAACACAGAGCUCCAGGCCAUGCUCAGAGCCCUGGAGGGGAAGAGGAGCCAAUGGGAGGAGGCGGAGCGUCAGAACACAGAGCUCCUGGCCACGCUCAGAGCCCUGGAGGGUGAAAGAACCAGCCUGGCUCUGACCCUGGAGGGGAAGGAGCUAAGACUCAGGACCUUCCAGGAGAGAGAUGAUGCCCAGCUGAGUGAGAUCAUCAGCCUGCAGGCAACCAUUUGCCAAGCUCAGCAGCUCCAUUCUGACCACAGAAGAGAGAUACAGGAGCUCAACACACAGGUCCACUCACUCAGGCAGGCAGUGCUAGAGAAAGAGGCUGGUUUAGUGGCCCAGGAGAAGCAGCUGUCACAGGAUCUGGAGGAGUCACGGGCGGGUGAACGGCAUUUGAGAGAUUUGCUGCGGACAGUAGAGGCAGAGGUGUCUCAGCUGCGCCUUAGCCUUUGCAGCACAGAGAGCCGGGCAGAGGCACUGGCUGUGGAGUGCCACCAUGCCAGCAGUGCCCGCUGUGAAGCAGAGUCCCAGCUGGCCAGGCUGCACACCGUUCUGCAGCACACACUGCGUGGCAGCACUCUUGCAAGUGGAGACCUUGUCACAUGGAGUGCAGAACAGGACCGUGUUUGUGGGCUUACUGGGCCUCAACCUAAGGCUCUCCCUAUAGAGCUCACAGCAGAGAAAGUGGCAACAGCCUUCCGGAACCUGCACCAGGACCUGAGGCAGACACUGCAAGAUCGGGAUGAUGCCAGGAACAAGGCUCAGAAGCUGGAGCAGGAGCUGAGCAAAAAGGAGGCCGAGAGGGACUGUCUCAGAGCCCACAACCAAGAGCUGCAGACGUGGUUGUCCCAAAGCCAGGAAGAGAUGCGGAUGGUAGAAGGGAAGCAGGGCUCACUCCAGGCUAUGCUGCAAGAAGAGGUCAUUGCCCUAAAGAAGGAGGUUGUGACGUUGCAUGGGGAGGUUGCAUCCUUGGAGAGGAGCCUUGAGGGCACCGAGAAGCAAAGAAGGGAUGUUGUGCAUGAACGGGACAUGCUGCAGGCAGCUAAGGAGAAACUGGUACAGGAGAUGGACCUUCUCCAGGAAUCAGUCUCUGCCUCUGAGACUCGGGCAAACAUAGCAGCAAAGAUGAGCCGCUCCCUAGAACAAGAGCUUCAAACAACCCUCUCUGCCCUGAAAAUGAAAAGUGAGGAAGCAGAGACUCAACAGGAGGGAAUCCAAACAUUGCAGAAGGAGGCUGCCUUGGGGAAGGCUUUGCAGGAAAAUCUGGAUCACCUGACUCUUGCCUUAAGCCAGAGAGAUGAAGAAAUGGAAACACUGCAAGAACAGAUUAGCAAGCUGGAGCAGCAGAGAGAAGUGCAAAGAACAGCUUUAGAUCACCUUACUAAAGACCUAGAGGAGAAGGACAGAGAGGUGAAAUCCCAGCAAGAACAGAUUCAGGAACUAGAGAAUCAGAGGGAAAUGCAGAAGACUGCUGUAGAACGACUGACUUUAAACCUAGAGGAGAAAGUAAAGGAAAUUAAAUUCCAGGAAGAGAAAAACCAGACUCUCGAAGAACAUGGAAGGUCACAAAUGAAAGCUCUGCUGGAGGAGCUCUAUCUGAUCAAAACAGACUUGAGGGAAAAAGAUUGUGAGCUUAUGUCUCAGAGAAAGGUAGCUGAAGAAUUGAAAGAGGAGGAGAAAAAGCAGGUGAAGGUUCUGUGCACAAGCCUAGAACACAUGAAAGCAAUUCUCGGGGACAAAGAGAGUGAGAUUGAAUCACAGCGGGAGCAGGUAAGGAUUUUCCAGCAGUAUGAGGAUCAGCGGGAGGAAGAGCUACAGGACCUGCGGGAGAAAGUAAAACAGAUGACCCUCACUCUGACUCAGAGAGAUCAAGAGCUUGAGUCACAACAAAAGCAAAUUCAGAAUAUUAAGGAAGAGAUGGAAAUGAAGCUAAAGCCUCUUUGUGAACAUCUAGAGCAAACACAAGCAGCCUUAAAAGACAAAGACAGAGAGCUGGAAUUCCAAAUGCAGCAAAUACAGAAACAUGAGGAAGAAGCAGAAGGGCAGAUGAAGGUUUUACAGAGAGAUUUAGAAUAUGCCAAGGAAGAACUAAAAGAGAGAGAUGGAGUGAUUAAGUCUCAGAAAGAGCAGAUCUGGACACUCCAAAAACAAGAAACAGAAGUUGAGAAACAGGUGAAAACUCUCGACCAUCUUGAAGCAAUAUUAAGGGAGCGAGAGCAAGAAAUUGAAUCCCUGCAAAAGCAAUAUGAGGAGCACAAAACGGAGGAGGAGAAGCAGGCAAGAGCCAUGCAAGCAAAUCUUCAACAAACACAGGUGACUCUGAGGGGGAGAGAGAGGGAAAUAGAGGCCCUUGACGAAGAAAUCCAUAAGCUUCAGCAGCAUGAGAAAGAUGCAGUGACACAGACUAAGGCUGUCUUGAAGACACUUGAAUAUACCAAAUCAUCUCUACAAGCCAGAGACCAGGAGAUAGAGUAUUUGCAAGGGCAUGUCAAGGAGCUGUUAGGGCAGAAAGAGCUGGAAGAAAAGUGUGUCAGGAGCUUACAGCAGGAUAUAGACAGAAUGAGCCAAAUAGUGAAGGAGAAGGAUGUAGAACUCCUCAAGCAGGCGGAGCAAAUUAGCAUAUACCAGCUUCAAGAAGAAAGAAUGCAGGUGGCACUAAAGUCCUGCCAGAACCAAGCAGGUUGUCUAGAGGAAGUUGUAAGAGAGCGAGAGUGGGAGAAUGAGACUCUCAUUCAAAAGCUCCAGCACCGAGAGGAAGAGCAGGAGACCCUGCACCGUCUCCAGCUUACACUGGCAGAGAAGAAGGAGAGACAUCACAGAGAGAGAGAGCAGCUUCUAGAAGAAGCCCUGAACAAGAGGGAACAGGAGAUCAAGACCCAAGAUAAGCGAAAACAAUUGGAAGAGGAGGAGGUGAAGGGUCUUCAAGAAAGUCUCCAGCAUCUCCAGCAGACACUGGCCAAAAAGGAUGAGGAGAUCAAACAUCAGAGAGAGAGAGUCAGGGGCCUGGAGGAGACUCUGAGAGGGAGAGAUCAGGAGUUGAGGACACAGGGUGAGCUCCUGAAGCAGCUCACCUCAGCUCUGCAAAGGAGAGCUGGUGAAGGGGAGACUCUCAAGAACCAAAUCCAGAAACUCCUGAGAUGGGAGACAGAGGAGGCAGCCAAGAGGAAGGUUCUUCAGGAGAGAGACCAGCAGUUGGAAAUGCAGAAGGUGUGGAUCCAACAGCUGGAAGAGGAGAAAAAGGUGAAGGAUCAGGAACUGGAGCACAUGAUGGCUGUUCUGAAGCAGACUGAGAGUGUGGAGAUAGAAUGGAGGGAGAAAGCACAGGCCUUGGCUUUGUCCCUGGCCCAGAGCGAAGCAGCCAGUAGGACCCUGAGGGACGAAAUGGCUGUUCUACAGAGCAUGGUAUCAGAGCGGGAUAAGGAUCGGCUUCAUCUUCAGGAGCAGCUUGCUUCAGCUCUCAGAGACCUAGAGGAGAGCGUUCCAAACAAGGCUCUGAAUGGAGAUGCGGAUUUGCUGCUUAGAGAGGAGAGAGCAGGGAAACAGCAGGCCAUGGGAGAGGAAGAGGAGCAGCUGGCAGCAGGGGCAGAGAGGAGACUGCUGCAGCAGCGGCUGGAACGUCUGCAGCGAGCUGUCGCAAGGCUGGAACAUGACAAAAUUGAGCUGGAGCAGCUCAACGCCCAACUCAGGAGGACUCUAGAGCAGGUGGAGCGUGAGCGGAGGAAGCUGAAGAGGGACCGUGCUGGCCUCUCACUGCCAGAUGCCUGUGGACUUUCUGUGUCUGACUCUGGGCAGAAUAAGGCAUCAACUUCAGGACAGGAGGAGGCCCGGGCUCUCCGUAGGCGACUCACCGAGUUGCAGAAGCAGGUGUCUCUUCUGCAAACCCAGCUGGUGCUGGAGCGGAAGCACAAGCAGGACUACAUCAAGUGCUGUGCAAAGACCAGCCAGGAGCUGUCGGGCCUGCACCAGGAGCUCUCUCACUCCUUAGCAACUGUGGCCAGGGAGCCCAAGGCUGCUGUUCUAGAAGCAGAAACGCGGAAGCUGGAUGAAUCCCUGAACCACAGUUUGGCACUGGUGGCUCUAGGGUGGGAUGGCCAAUCUCUGGAGAUACACCCUCUGAGUUCCACACCCAGAGCAGCCCAGCAGAAUGAGUUGAGGUAGCAGGAUCAGCAUUCAGCAAAUGGGUCACAGCAGAAACAAGGUCCAACCCUACGUGUGGUUUGGCAAUGCCAUUUUCAAAGGUGCCAUGGACAAUAGACUCUUGCCCACCUUGCUGAAGAAUCCUACAUAGCAGUGGAAAAGGUGGUGAUUGUCCCUUCAAGAGGCAUCCCCUCCGUUUUCAUGGGCCAGACCUCCUCAGGUCCAGCCUGCCCGCUGACGUGGCCCUGACUCUCGUAGCCCCAGCCGAAUACCAGUCCUCAGGAACAUUGAACCACAUGGUUGGUUGUGGCACAUGGGAGGAUGGAACCAAUAAGAACAUGGGUUUUCCCCCUUCUUCACAGCCUGUGUAUCCUGAGGAAUGUCCCCAGAGUGUGCAGAGACCUACUGCAGGAAGUGAAUUCAGGGGCGUGGGGUUGUGUCAAAGCUGAGACCUGGGGCAGGGGGGCAAUAGUGCUCACUGUGGAAACACCAUCGGCAGCAGUGUUCACCAUGGAAACUGUCCAGCAGGACUGUGCUAGGGGACCAAAGGUUGGAGCUGGCUGAGCAGGGCUCAGAGAUUGGAGGCGAGCUAGAAGAAGGCUCUAGGGUUGACUGGCAGCAGCAGAUUGGUGGAAUUUUCCUUUUCUGAAGCACACGAUUGUUGCCUGCCCCAGAAAUGUUGCUGUUACAAGGUGCCCCCAGAGAUUGCCCUCCUGCUGCCUGGAGAGCUGGUCCCAAAUGACUUUGUACUGUUUCCCUUUCAGUAAGAGCUCCAGCGGGAUCUGUAUUUUCAGCUUUUAUAAUAAAGUUAUUCCCUACGAAAGAG